CGAAAAGCUGACGGUUAAGUAAGCGUGGCGUUUUUCUCCGAGAGCAAAUUGGCACGUUUCAUUAACCACUCAACAGUACCGAGACACCACUGUACAGAGUGUACCUUAGUCCUACCGGAGUUCCAUUUUGCAAAGGAAUAAGAAGAUCGAGAAUAAACAAUGGGCCAUCAUCCUGAGCCACCGGUGAUGAUUUCGGACAAAUUGCCCGAAUCGUUGCGUAAGAAGAUGGUAACUUUCCAGGCGAAAAACGAACUCCCUGUGUUCCUGAAAGGAGGACCCGCCGACAAAGCCCUCUUUGGUGUCACCGUGGCACUGUGCGGUGUUGGUAUCCUCGGAAUUUUAAAGAUGGUAUACGAAAUGGGAUUUGCAAAGAAGAAAGAGUAAAGCUUUUCCUUCGAAAUUAUAGUUUGAAAGAGGAGCAAAUUCUGAAC